AUGGCAAGACAUGCAUUACUUGGUAAUAAACUCACAGUCCUCAACUCGUCUUCACCAUUUGCAAAGCUCUUGGACGCCUGCAUCAAAUCCAAGUCAUCGCGCGAUACCCGUACUGUCCACUCCCAAAUUAUCAAAUCCCAGUUCAGUGAUGAGAUUUUCAUCAACAAUAGGCUCAUUGAUGCUUAUGGAAAAUGUGGGUGCUUUGACUACGCUCGUGAAGUGUUUGAUAAAAUGCCGGAUAGGAACACCUUUACUUAUAACUCGAUGAUCGGGACGUUGACCAUAUUGGGUUCUGUUACUGAAGCUGAAAUGCUUUUUAGUUCAAUGCCUCAGCCUGACCAGUGCUCGUGGAAUUUAAUGGUCUCGGGGUUUGCUCAGCACGAGUUAUUUGAUAAGUCGGUAGAGUAUUUCGUGGAAAUGCACGGGAAGGAUUUUGUGUUGAAUGAAUACAGUUAUGGCAGUGGGCUUAGUGCUUGUGCUGGGUUGAGGGACUUGGUAGCAAGCGUGAAAAAUGCGAGAGCCAUGUUUACCAAGAUGAUGGAGAGGAAUGUUGUAUCUUGGAAUGCUCUUAUUGCCGGCUAUACUCAGAAUGGGGACAAUGAAGAGGCACUAGGACUCUUCCUUCUUUUAAAAAGGGAAUCUGUAUUGCCAACUCACUAUACCUUUGGGAAUCUCCUCAAUGCUUGUGCAAGUCUUGCUGAUUUGAAGCUCGGCAGGCAAGCUCACGUCCACAUUUUGAAGCAUGGAUUUCGAUUCCAGUAUGGACCGGAGCCUGAUGUUUUUGUUGAUGUUGGUGAUUUGGAUGCUGAUGAGGAGCAGAAUAAGGCCGAACUUACCAUGCUCCAAGAAUUGGAAAUACCACUAUUUGCUGCUGUCAGAUAA